GCAUCCCAUGUGCACAUCAAAACUUAGGUCCUCAUAAGCUAAGAAAAUGUAUCAUCAUCAACAUUCAUCCCAGGGGUAUGACCCUAGCAAAUUUCAGCACCCAGUUCAAGUUCAAGCUCCAGCUCCAGCUCCUCCUCAGGCGAUAAGGAGCUCGCCUUAUCCUGCUCCCGCGAUGUAUCCUCCAUCUAAUGGUGGACCUGCGCAGUGGUCCACAGGGCUUUGCCAUUGCUUUGAUGACCUUUCUAAUUGUCUGGUUACGUGCUUUUGCCCGUGUAUUACCUUCGGGCAGAUUGCUGAUAUCGUGGACAGAGGAACUCGGCCUUGUUCAUCAAGUGGAACAGCGUACGGUCUCCUCUUGGGAUUUACAGGCCUAGCAUGCCUGUAUUCUUGCGUUUAUCGGUCGAAAUUAAGGGCACAAUAUGACUUGGAAGAAACCCAUUCUGAUUGUCUUGUUCAUUUCUGCUGCGAGGUCUGCGCUCUCUGUCAGGAGUACAGAGAGCUCAAGAACAGAGGAUUUGACAUGAGUAUUGGAUGGAACGCAAAUGUUGAUCGACAGAGACGAGGAGUUAUUCAACCUCCAGUGAUGGGAGCUCCUGUUAUUGGAGGAGCCAUGAUGAGGUGAUAACCAAAAUCAUAGCAACUUGGAAUAAGGACUAGUAUUGUGUGGUGGAUUAAUAUCAGACAA